GGUAGGCUGUGACUCUCCACGCACACAACCAGUCACUUCAAGUUUAACCGUCGAAGAGUUGGCACGCGAUUUGUCAAGUCCAGUGAAUAAAAAAUAAAAAAAAAAAUUAGAAUUAAAUUCAAUUUAAAUUUUAUUACACUACAUUACAAAAAGAUAAAAAUAUAACAAAAUGUGUGACGAAGAAGUUGCUGCUUUAGUUGUUGACAAUGGAUCCGGUAUGUGCAAAGCCGGUUUCGCCGGAGACGAUGCGCCUCGUGCCGUCUUCCCAUCGAUCGUUGGUCGUCCCCGUCACCAAGGCGUGAUGGUUGGCAUGGGCCAAAAGGACUCGUAUGUCGGCGACGAAGCCCAAUCGAAACGUGGUAUCUUGACGUUGAAAUAUCCCAUUGAGCACGGCAUUGUCACAAACUGGGACGACAUGGAGAAAAUCUGGCAUCACACGUUCUACAACGAGUUGCGUGUCGCACCCGAAGAACAUCCAGUAUUAUUGACGGAAGCUCCCUUGAACCCGAAGGCAAAUCGCGAAAAGAUGACGCAAAUCAUGUUCGAGACCUUCAACACGCCCGCCAUGUAUGUCGCGAUCCAAGCUGUGUUGUCGUUGUACGCCUCCGGUCGUACCACGGGUAUCGUCUUGGAUUCCGGCGACGGUGUCUCACACACAGUCCCCAUCUACGAAGGUUACGCCUUGCCACACGCCAUUCUCCGUUUGGAUUUGGCAGGUCGCGACUUGACCGACUACUUGAUGAAGAUCCUCACUGAGCGUGGAUACUCCUUCACCACAACUGCCGAACGCGAAAUUGUGCGUGACAUCAAGGAAAAAUUGUGCUACGUCGCCUUGGACUUUGAACAAGAAAUGGCAACAGCUGCCAGCUCCAGUUCUCUCGAGAAAUCCUACGAAUUGCCCGACGGACAAGUCAUCACAAUCGGCAACGAGCGUUUCCGUUGUCCCGAAGCGCUCUUCCAACCCUCGUUCUUGGGCAUGGAAGCGUGCGGCAUCCACGAAACUACCUACAACAGUAUCAUGAAGUGCGACGUCGACAUCAGAAAGGACUUGUAUGCCAACACCGUCUUGUCGGGAGGUACUACAAUGUAUCCAGGCAUCGCCGACCGCAUGCAGAAGGAAAUUACCGCUCUUGCUCCCUCAACCAUGAAAAUCAAGAUCAUCGCUCCCCCAGAACGCAAAUACUCCGUCUGGAUCGGCGGAUCUAUCUUGGCUUCCCUCAGCACAUUCCAACAGAUGUGGAUCUCCAAACAGGAAUACGACGAGUCUGGCCCAUCCAUUGUUCACAGAAAGUGCUUCUAAGGUGCGAAAAUGUCGCCCGGAGCCUCCUACUCUACUACUAUACUUAUUAUUAUUAUUACACGAAAACAUGGCCAACAACACACAAGAACAUCCCGUAUUCUACUACAUUUAUAACAACAUCCAUCUUCAAAUCACUUGCAAUUAUAUAUAUUUUUUUGUAUUCAACUUUUAAACAUGCAAAUUUUUUGAUUUACUACUAAGAACAUGGAAGAUUGAACUAAAAAUACUUAAAAAAGACACGAUUCGAUUCCAAAAAUUAAUUAAAAUAAAUAAAUAUUGAUAAAAAAAAAAUACAACAAAAAAACUAUUAAAUAACCAAAAUUAUAGCAAGGCGAUAAAAGACAACAAGAGAUUACUCGUAUUUGUAAUAAUCCCUCGUAAGACAAACACAAAAAGUAUUUGCAUUCAAAACUAUUCAAUAAAAUUCAAAGAACAA